UCUUCAUUGAUUUGGCUACAUCUUGGCCUAGAUAAACCCCUCUAUUCUCCCCCAGCUUACGCGGUAGUUAAGCUAAACCCCACCAAAAUUACUGCAUCAUACCCCCCACAGUAGCUUCAAUCCCCCAGAAUCCCCCAACUGCUAUAGCCGCCCGACCUCGCAACCACUGGUUCUCAGAUACAUACGAUGCAUUUAUUAUGAGAUCCUUCGCCAAUAAGACCUUGGGUCUGCUUGCUAAAUCAUUUCCAUCUGCCUCCUUUGGCUCCCAUCUACGUCUGAGCUGCCGACUCGCACGAACUAGCCCGAUCCUCGCACCCGCGACCUUCGCCCGCACGAUGGCAACAUCAACCAUGCCAUCACCAGUUCUCCAAAAGCCUUUGAAGUUAUCAUGCAUUCAACUCGCCAGUGGCGCCGACAAGGCUGCUAAUCUCUUGCAUGCCCGUGAAAAGGUCUUCGAGGCCGCCAAAGCUGGCGCGAACCUAGUUGUGCUGCCCGAAUGCUUCAACUCGCCCUACGGAUGCGACUACUUCCCCUCGUACGCCGAGACCCUCCUCCCGUCCCCGCCCUCGCCCGACCAGUCACCUUCCUUUAAUUCCCUAUCUGCCACGGCCGCCGAGGCGAAGGUCUUCUUAGUAGGCGGUUCCAUACCCGAGGUGGAGGUUGGCAAAGACGGGAAGAAAAAGUACUACAACACAUCGCUCACGUUCGGGCCCGAUGGGAAAUUACUGGCUACGCACCGCAAGGUGCAUCUGUUUGAUAUCGACAUCCCGGGCAAAAUCACAUUCCGGGAGAGCGACGUGCUGACGGCGGGGGACAAGCUGACACUGGUGGAUCUCCCUGGAUAUGGGCGCAUUGCCGUGGCCAUCUGCUACGACGUGCGGUUCCCCGAGCUAGCCAUGAUCGCGGCGCGGCGUGGCGCUUUCGCCCUCAUAUACCCAGGCGCAUUCAACACUACCACAGGGCCGCUACACUGGCGCCUUCAGGGUCAGGCGCGUGCCAUGGAUAACCAGUGCUACGUUGCGCUGUGUAGUCCGGCUCGCGACACGAAAGCUACAUACCAUGCCUGGGGCCACAGUCUGAUCGUCGACCCCAUGGCGCAAGUCGUCGUCGAGGCCCAAGAAAGUGAGACUAUCGUCAGCUGGGAGCUAGACGGGGCCAAGAUUGAUGAGACGAGGAAGGGUAUCCCUAUAUAUACGCAGAGGCGGUUCGAUGUCUAUCCGGAUGUUAAUGAGGGCAAGAUUCGGUUCGAUUAGCCAGUUUGUUGAAAUUAAUAAAGCACGUUUCAGAGGUUUAGCAAUUGGGUCGUUAGGUGUCUACUCAACAUUAUUCCAGCCAAAGCAUGGCUCCUAUAUGCUCAUUCCAAUAUCUCUGAAUCUAGAGGUGCGCUAUGUUUAUGAUAAGAUAUCUGCAUAUUUGGGUACUUAUAGGUAGGUUACCAGUUAUCUUAGUAUUUACCUAUUAGUUACUGAACUUUGACAGUAUAACUAUUAGAUUCUUCAAAUUUGUCAGAUCAUGAUGAUUGUAAACUGGCUUGUGCUCUCCCAUUCUACUUAGCAUAUAUAUAUGCUCAGUCACGAAUGCCUCCCCUGGCAAUCAUGAAAACUAGACUCAGCUGCCGGGCUUACUUCUAUACACCACCUCCAAACAGACCAUACACCAUUCGAGAGAAUCCGCCUCCUACAUGAAAAUGGCUCUCUUGGAUUGGUGAGAUGUACAUAGCUUUUAGGACCCGUAAAUCCCCGCGCAGGCAUCGCCUCAUCGGCACCUUUCUCCCAAUACGUCUAGUCAUCCGAUUGGCCUCUCAACAGUUUUUACACAUUCUAGUUGUAUCGAUAAUUAAAUUUCCGUAAAUGCUACAUUCUUGCGGGGCGCAGCAGUGCCAGCAUGCUACUACCU